GAACUGGCAAUUCACAAGAAGAAAAUUGAAGAAGUUGUUGAAUGGCUACGAGAAAGUUUUCGUCAAUUAGCAAAUAACAAAAAAGCCCCGGCACCAAUAUUGUUGUUAACGGGUCCAUCAGGAUCAGGUAAAACGGCAACUAUUUACGCAGUGGCUAACGACAUUAGUUAUGAAGUGCAGGAAUGGAGUAAUCCUUUGAGUACGAUUGCAGUUGAGAGGCGAAAUAUUUUUUCCACCUAUACUGAUCAUGAUAAUAUCAUUAGUGAAAUUACCUCUUUUAAAGACUUCCUACUACGUGCUAAUAAAUAUUCAAAGCUAAGCAUUACAACAUCGGGAAAGACACAGUCGAACAAAGACAAUGUGAUAAUAUUAGUAGAGGACUAUCCAAAUGUAUUUUAUACUGAUCACAGACAACUUCAUGAUAUUAUUCGAAAAUAUUGCAGGGUCGGCCGAUGCCCUCUAGUAUUUAUUCAUUCAGAUUGUCAAAACCAAAGCUAUAAUAUUCAUACUCUAUUUCCUAAAGAUAUUAUUAAGGAUUGCAAUAUACGUACCAUCAAUUUUAAUCCAGUUGCACCGACUAAUAUUUCGAAGUUGUUAAAUAAUAUUGUUGAAAAGGAAAGUAAGGUAAUUAGCAUUCCUUUUGCUAGAUUCUCAAAAACGGAUAUUCAAAAUAUUGCAGUUGCUAGCGUUGGUGACAUUCGACAAGCAAUUAAUUGUUUACAGUUCUUAUUUUAUGAACGUAAGACCUUACGUAACGCGCAUCUAAAAGAAAUUAGUUACGUUAACAUCGGUGGCAGCAAGAGAAAAAAAUUGAAAUCUCAAAAUGCCUCGAAAAAUGAUGCAUAUACAAAACAGCUCACCGGUCGUGAUCAAGGAUUAUAUCUAUUUCGAGCAUUAGGAAAAAUUUUACAUUGCAAGCGAGAUCAAGAGCAAGAUCUGAAUCCAAAUGAACGCUUACCAACUCAUUUGUCAAUGCAUAAUAGAAGGCGUGCAUUGAUACAUCCCGAGACUGUUAUUGAACAGUCACGUACAUCGUCAACGAUGCUUAGAUUUUAUUUGCACGAGAAUUAUAUACGAUUUGUGAACGAUAUCGAAUGUGCGGUUAAUAGUGCUAGUUAUUUAAGUGAUAGCGACCUGCUAUCGAGAGAAUGGACGUCUACUAUAUUUGAAGAAUAUUCAUCAUCAGUAACGGUCAGAGGAUUAAUGUUCUCCAAUAUAACGGAUGCAAAUGGAAGCAAACGUAAAUCGACUUCUGGUUGGAAACCAUUACAUAAGCCCCGAUGGUUUAGUGUUAACCGAAAUGUACGUUCUAACUGGUUUGCUGUAAAUUUUUUUAAAUCAAGAUUUACUAUCUAUAGUAUUAAUAAGUAUUGA